CGACGCCACACCACACCACACCACCGCUGCUUAUGCACAGCUGCCAUCCAAAAUGAAUUCCAUGCUGUGAUGAACUUUAUAUUCAAGGACUACAGUGACAUCUCUCUGGUAGUGGGUGGAACGCAGUUUCUGGCGCAUCGUGUUAUCCUUGCUUCGAGGUGCGAUUAUUUUCGUGCUCUCCUCUUCGGUGGCCUUUCAGAGACACAUUCUUCUACCAUACACUUAAAUGGAAUCAAUUCUACUGCGUUUUACCAUGUGCUUGGAUAUAUUUACACAGGGAGACUUGACAUUUCCGGCCUCACCGUACGAGACGCUCUUGACAUCCUUGGCCUAGUUUGUCAGUACAACUUUCCGAACCUGGAAAAUGCCCUUUCUGCACACUUUGUUCGUUCCUUAACGCCGAACAACGUCUGUCAGAUUUACGACGCCGCAAUAACCUAUGACCUCGAUGAUCUGAUUGACGCCUGUUUACAGACAAUAGAUCGCGCACCUGCUACUGUAUUGGCGCACCCACAGUUUCUCCGUCUUUCCCGAGUAAAUCACCACUUGUUCUCUGUUGUUACUCUCGUUUUUUUCCAUUGUCUACCUGUGUUUUUAGGACAAAUUUUAUCCAGAUUAAUGAUUGACUUGCAAUGGUAUGAGCUUAUUGACAACAAUCUGUGUGUUGUAUCAGCCACGUUUCACUUGCCAGCACUCAAUUUCACCACUUUUGUGUUAUCUUUACCCACUUUUUGUUAA